AUGGAUGAGGUCCCUGCCACCGCCGCCGUCCUCGACUUCCGACCCGGCUCUUCUCCACCACGCGUCUCCGCUGUCCCACGCCGUGCCGCGGAGUGCUCCCCCGACACCGGUAAGGCCUCCUCGUACGCCGCAACGGUGUCCCGCUUGACGCCGUUCUGCCAAUCUGCCUGGGCGUGGUUGGUGAAUGGCGGUGCAGAGGAGGCGACGGGAGGUCCGGGUUUCAGGAACACAGCCGCCGUUUCGGCGGAGUUGACGGGGUCAAAUUCGGCCGGUUCCGAUAUCCAGACUGUUGAUUGCGGUACAUCGGGAGGCCUUGCCGGCGGUGACGCUGGAGGCGUGGAGGUUUUGUGCUUGGAGAAUGCUGCGGAGCUCGAAUCCGUGGAACCAUGUGUUUUGGACGUUGAAUUAGGAGCUCCAGUGGAGGAGCGCCAUGGCAGGACGUUGGAUAGUACGGGAUUGGGCUCUGAUGAAGCUGGUGAGACCAAUGGGAUUUCACUGGUUGAGGUGUCCCAAUCAGGUGCCACUUCAAGCUUAGAUACCACUGGGUCGAUUGGUGGCUACUCCCUCGUGGAGGGGUCUCUGCCAGAGGCGAGUGGUGCCCAAGGAUGUGAACCUGAGGUCCAUGAAGUACCAACAGGGACCCCUACUACUGUGGGGUUCCCGAAUGAGGAUGGAGGCUCUGGAUUUGGAAUUGAGCUGAAUGAUGACCUGGAUGGUAGAAACGGCCUUGCCCGAGGGGAAUUGGAACUGUCUACUGAUGGCGAUGAUGCCACGGACAUCACAGAGAUAGCUGGAAUCUUGUGUGGCGAAAGAGUGGAGGGGAUGGAGACGAAUUCAGGACAACAUGAGGCCUCGAAUGGUUCCACCGUGCCUUCUGAGGAAGGAGUGGACAGGAUGGAGACGAGUUUGGAUGACUCUGAGGCUUCCGAUGGCUCAACCACACAGGAUUCUGAUACCGACGUCGAGACAGAGUCAAGUGUUUCUAGUAUAGAGGAACAAGAAGCAGGAUACGGAGCCCACAUCCCUCAACCGGAUCAAGCAAUCUGCAAGGUGGCCAAAGAAAACAACACGGCAGGAGUGAAGAGCUCUGAUAGGAUGACUUCAGUUUCCGAAUCAACACUUGUGCUGGCUUCAGGUGCAUCAAUGUUACCACAUCCUUCGAAGGUACUGACAGGUGGUGAAGAUGCAUAUUUUAUAGCUUGUGAUGGCUGGUUUGGUGUAGCAGAUGGAGUUGGUCAGUGGUCCUUUGAAGGGAUCAAUGCCGGGCUUUAUGCAAGAGAACUGAUGGACGGUUGCAAAAAGAUUGUAACAGAGACCCAAGGAGCUCCAGGGAUGAGAACUGAGGAUGUUCUUGCCAAGGCUGCAGAUGAAGCACGGUGCCCUGGUUCUUCCACUGUUUUAGUUGCUCACUUUGAUGGCCAGGUCCUUCAUGCAUCAAAUAUUGGAGAUUCUGGAUUCCUUGUGAUAAGGAAUGGAGAGGUCCACAAAAAAUCAAAACCGAUGACUUAUGGUUUCAAUUUCCCAUUGCAAAUUGAAAAGGGUGAUGACCCUUUAAAAAUCGUACAGAAAUAUGCCAUCGAUCUACAAGAAGGUGAUGUCAUUGUAACAGCAUCAGAUGGUCUUUUUGACAACGUCUAUGAGGAAGAAGUAGCAGGCAUUGUCUCCAAAUCAUUAGAAGCUGAUAUCAAGCCCACGGAAAUUGCUGAUUUACUGGUUGCUAGAGCUAAGGAAGUGGGGCGGUGUGGGUUUGGAAGAAGCCCGUUUUCAGACUCUGCUCUGGCGGCUGGGUACCUGGGUUACUCCGGGGGCAAGCUGGAUGAUGUAACUGUUGUUGUAUCUAUUGUUCGGAAAUCUGAGGUUUAA